AUGGCGGGGUUCUGGUCGUGGCUGGCCAAGGUGGCGCGCUUUCUAAUCCGAUGGUGCGGCGGCGCGGCCGGUGACGGGCCCCGCGACCCCGAGCUGCUGUCCAGGCAAACCAUCUUUAGCGUCAACGAGAUCGAGGCCCUCUACGUGCUGUUCAAGCGGAUCGACCGCGCCGCCGUCGAGGACGGCGUGAUCAGCAAGGAAGAGUUCAACCUCAAAGUCUUUGGUGCCAACAAACAACACACUAUUUUUGUUGACCGGGUGUUUGAUUUGUUUGACUCAAAUGAAACCAAGGGACUUGAAUUUGAAGAAUUUGCACGAGCUCUUUCAGUCUUCCAUCCUGACACUCCUGUUGAUGAUAAGAUCAAGUUUGCUUUCAGACUGUAUGAUAUCAAAAGCCAAGGCUUCAUCGAAAGACCAGAGCUGAAGCAAAUGAUGGAGGCCACCCUUGCUGAAUCAAAUCUAAAUCUUUCAAACGAGGUCAUCGAAGUCAUCAUUGACAAGACUUUUGAAGAAGCAGAUACAAAGAAAGAUGGAAAAAUUGAUUUCGAGGAGUGGCAUAGCCUUGUCAUGGCACAUCCUUCUCUACUGAAGAACAUGACUCUCACGUACCUCAAGGAUAUCACCAUGACAUUUCCAGAGUUCAUCUUCCACUCACAAGUGAGGGAAUCGUGAUGUGUAAUGGGUCCACAAAACAUAGGCAAACAUAAAGGAGAGAAUCUAUCCAUUAUUGCGGCAACUACGCUGUAUCCAUAUUCUUUUGUUGUAUUACCUACAUGUGAAAUCCAUACCAUCAUGAGUUUAUAGAAAGUUGU